CAACGUAACAUCGAAUUAACAUGGCGCAGGGAAGCUAUUUUGAUAUUGAAUCAAAAUGUGGGAUUUGUUUGUCUCCGUACACAGAACCGCGGCUAUUGGAAUGUUUCCAUACUUUUUGCACACCGUGUCUCGAAAAACUGGAUGUGAAUGAUGAUAAUGUGACGUGUCCGUUAUGUAGGGCACAAAUAGCUCUUCCAGACAAUGGGGUAAGUGGUUUAAAAACUUAUCCUUUCUACGUUGAACCAUCUCACAGAGACAAUGAAUUAAUGGACAUUUGCGAAUUAUGUUCGGAAGAGAAUUAUGUUGUAGCUAAAUGUCUAGAUUGUAAAAUAGAUUUAUGCUUGGACUGUCGCGACUACCACAAGAAACUAAAGGCGUCCCAGAAUCACUCACUUGAGAACUUGAAAUUAGAUGAAUUGAAACAACACCAUGAAAAUCCAAUAAACGAAUGCAAUGAACAUAGAAAAGAGAUUACUUUAUUUUGCGUACCUUGUAAUAUCUUUUUGUGUAGUGAGUGUUCCGAAAAAGCACAUCGUUUGCACAAGGUUCAGAACCUAUCACAGUUAGUUCAGACUAGAAAGAAAAUGUUACUGGCCAGAACAGCGGGCUUGAAAUCAAGAAUAUCGGUUAUCGGAAACACUGCAGAAAGAGUCAAACAAGAAGAAAACUAUUAUUACAAAACAUGCAGCAUAGUAAAAAAAGAUAUAUUAGCACACGCUACAAGCAUUAAAGAGGUAUUUUGUAACACCGUCGAUAUAUUGGCGAAUAAACAAUUAGCUACAAUCGACAACACUAAAAAAAUCGAUAUCAAAGUGAUUGACACGUACUUGAUUGAGAUAGAAACAGAACAAUUGUCAUUGGCUGGUCUCAUCAAGACAACGGAGGAUUUCAUUGCUAGGUCUACAGACAAAGAGUUAACGGUUGAUGCAUUUAUUAUCGGUGGUCAUCUUGACAAAGUCCUGAGCAAAAAUCUGAAUCCAUUGGGUUUGCAUGUGCAGAAAUAUGAAUGUGAGGAAUUCCCUGAAGCUACCGUAGAAAAUUUGCUUGGAAAGAUUAAUGCUUCAAAGGUAAAUGUUAUUACACCUUUAUAUACACAAUUGCCUAUUCCUGAACUGUUUCCUAAAGUAGAAAAGGCACAUAGCUUUCAACUUUAUGGUUGUUUAAUCAAAGAUAUUGUUGCCGCAAGUAACGGCAAUGCGUGGAUAUUCAAGGGGAAUUUGGCCUGCCUGGUUAGUGAAGAUGGAACUGUGCGUUCUACUUAUGCACCACCGGAGGAAAGCAGAAGAAUGCUUAGAAAGUCUGCAGAGGAGAUAUGGUUGUGGACUGGACAGUCGGCAGUGAAGAAAGUAAAUUCACAAUUUCAAGAAGGGUAUAAAGUUUCAUUUAAUAACGGAUCGGUCGGUUGUUUCAUUCAAAAUGGGAAUUUGCUUGUGUAUAAUAAAGAGGAAAAAGUAUUCUGUGAAGUAUCCGAAAAAGGUAGUGUUCAAAACAAAAUAAAAAUCACAGAUCCAAAAAAUAAACUUCAGAAUACUAACAUUUUAACUAGUACGGAUAUCUUGAUGGCAGAAACUAGGAACUGCAAUCUUGUUAUUUCAACGCGGAAAAAUAAAACUGUUGUAAUAACAAAUAAACAUGGAAGCAUUCUUGAGACAUUUAAACGAUCAAAUGCAAAAUUCCAAAGUAUAGCUGUGGAUAAUUACGGAAAUAUUUUAGUAUCUGAUUGCAACAACGGGUUAAUCGAUAUUUUAUCGGAAAAUGGAAUGUUUCAAAGAAACUUGUUGAAAACUAGAUCUCAUUUUAUUAGUAUUGAUGAGUGUGGCUUUUUGUGGGCGUGUCAUGAGAAUGGUUUUAACACUAUUGAAACCGAUAUAUAUUCGUACCAAUAAAAGUGUCCUUUCUUGAUUCCGUCUUUUAGGUCAUCGUAACAUUUUUAAAAAUUAAAUGGGUACCUAAGCAACUUCAGAAAUGUAUAACAAAACAUCAGAACACGACAGAUGACGGUAACACUAACAAAGAAUAUAUGAACUAAAAGAGAAUUAUAAGGUAAUCUGAAAUUAAACACGACAUCAUCUUAUAAUGAAAAGAACUGAAUUGGGUAUUCCGAAAAAGGAAAGUAUGCCUUCGUAUUAUCGUGAAGUAAUAUCAAAGCUUUAAACCCGCAAGUAUCGUUGGUAAUAUGAUUUCUGCUCUUUGUAGCUUUUGUAGGAUAGACGUUUUAUUAUAACAUGCAGUUAUUUAAGAUAGAGUACUUCGUAUUACAUCGUUUCUUUAUAUAUGCGAAUACAUGGUCAGUUUGGAUACCAACAGUCAAGCCGUACGGACGCCGUUGAUUUACAGUGACAUUCUUCGAAUUGAAUAUAGAACAUUUGUUUAGAAUUACCAUUUGUUUUAUUUUAUUGGAAUAUUUUCCGUUUAACUUUUAUUGUAAUUCCUUUGCACUAUUGAGGAAAUUAUACAUAAACUACAAUCUAACUGCAA